UCGGUGCCAAGCUCUCCCCGCGAACGGUCGUACGAUCUCCGAUCUCCGGUCUCCGACUUUCGGUCUGCGUUCUAUACGUUCCCCGAUUUUCGCAGGUAUAGCUAUCGAGCUUUGUUCGGUUCGGGCAACUCCAAAGUCGAGACGUGUCGUCGGGUGCGUGUGCGCGAAUCUAAAAGCGAUCCGAAAAGGCAGCGUUCCGAGUUCCAACUCGCCACCCGUCUAGCUCUGGCCUGAGGAUCCGAUUCCACGUCCGAGGAUCGACGUCUGCAUGUCUUAUAGAAGAUAAGACUCCAAGAGAGGAAGUAAGAAGGAUCCACUGCCAGCACAGCACCCUCAAACCAUCUUCACAGCCAUGGAACGCGUCCACCUGACCGCCUGGCUGGCCCUGCUCCUCUUUGUGGUCGCCACUGCCACGCCCACUCCGGCAGCCGCUCGCCCGCCCACCGACUGCCCGGCGGACUGCAUCUGCAGCCUGUCGCAGCACACGCACAAGCCACUUUACCACCUCAAGUGCAACAGCACCCAGGGUCUGCGGCUGGCCGAGAAGUCCUUCCAGUCGACGGUGCCGGUGCACUCGAUCGACCUGUCGCACCUGAACCUCACCCGGCUGAGCCAUGUGCUGGACAAGCUGCCGGAGCUGACCUCCGCCGAUCUGUCGCACAACGAGCUCACGGAUCUGGGCCACCUGGGCAAGGGUUUGAAGCGACUGAGCCUGAAGCACAACCGCCUCACCUCGGACAAGCUGAGGAAGCUGCCGCAGCAUCUGCAGGUGCUCAACCUGCAGCACAACAACAUCACCACCCUGCCCCUCGAGCUGACCCACAUGCACCAGCUGCGCCAGCUGGAGCUCAGCCACAACGCCAUCAACUGCUCCUGCCAGACGCUGGAGGUGCGCAACUGGCUGGUGGAGCGCAUUGUCUACAUGGAGCACCCCGUGAUCUGCUCCCAUCCCCUGGAGUUCCGGGGUCGCCCCUGGCUGCAGCUGAAGCAGGACGAGAUCUGCAAGAAGGAGCAGUACCAGUGGUUCGACUCCGAGGCCGAUGAGAACGAGCUGAUGAUGGGCGACCAGCCGGCUGUGGCUGCCUCCGGCGAGCAUGAGGACGAGGAUGAACUGGUCAAGGACUUCCUGCCCAUUGACCGAAAGGUCGUUGCCACCUCCAAGAAGGCUCGUUCGCCGCAGGAGCCGCUGCCCGGUGAUUUGGUUGAAGGAUCAGGAGAUUUGAGUGAACGAAACAUGGAGCUUAAGGUGGCCAAGGAGGAGGAGCCAGAGGCGGCGGAGUCCCAAGAUGCCAAGACUGUGGUCGAAACGCCCGAAAUCGCGGAGAAGAUCGUGAAGGACGAUGAGGACGAAGAGGGCUCUGGCAGCGGUGGCGGUCCCAUCAUCGUUCCCGACCUCUCCAAGGUGAAGAUCGCCUCGGAGGACGAACUGGAUGGCAAGCUGGAGGACAGCGAUGUGAAGCCCGUGGAGAACCCGGAGACCGUCUUCUCCAACGGCUUUGGCAUCUUCAAGGGCGGCGACCAGGAGGAGAAGAAGCCCGUGGAGGAGGAGGCCAUUGUGCCGGUGGUGCUGACCAAACUGGAGACCGAUGUGGUGACCGAUGGGCCGCUGGACGACAGCAAGGAGUCCGCCGACAUCCUGACCGCCAAGGUGGGCAAGUCCAAGGACGACAGCAGCGCCAUCUACUAUCUGCUGGCGGUGAUUGGACUGAUUGUGGUCGGACUGGUGCUCUUUGUGGCCAUCAAGCGUUGCAAGUACGACAGCAAUGCCGCCGCCCGCGAUGCGGAGGCCCAGAGGCAGACGGAGCUGCUGGACAUGGACAAGAAGCAGCUGGGCAAGCCGCUGCACAAGAAUGGCCAUGGCAACGGGCAGGAGCACUCCCCCCUGAUUGGUGAGAAGACGAAGCUGGACGAGGCCCAGAUUGUGAAGAAGCCGUAUCCCGAGAACGGAGAUACCAAGGAUGCAGCUAACCAGCAGCCGUUGCUCAAUGGCAACGGAUCGGCAAAUGGAGCUGCCAAGGAGGAGCCCGCCCCCCAUGAGUACUACCCCAUCUCGCCGCGCUACCCCACCCCCCAGUCGCCGAGGGCUUCGAAGUACUCACAGCAGCAGCAGCAGCAGAACGCCGAGCAGAAUAACAACAACGAACCGGAUGGAGCCUACCUGCCCUCGUCCCCGAAAUCCGGAAGAUACUCGCCCGUCUACUCGCCCGAAACGGGUCGCGUUAAGAUCAAGCUGACGGAGACCCCGAAGCCCAAGACCCCCAUGCUGGUCACGCGCAGCAAGUCGAAUGCCGGGGACAUCAUCACCACGCCCGUCAGGCCCAUCGAACCCACCCACACCCACCAGGUGAUCAAUGGCCACUGAUCUGGGCCAGCCAUCAAAACUCUCGACACAGCCCGACCUUCCCGACUCGCCCCCAAGAAUGUUACCCCCUUCAUUCCGAUCGGAUUUGACAUGAGAUUCUAUUCUAUGGAUGCAGAAAUCUCUGAUCGGUUUUUGGAAAGGCAGGGAACUGGGGUGUAAUCCCUCCUCAGCUUCAUCACCAACAAUAUGCAACAUCUAGAAUAAAACAGAAGAAACUGAAGCCGAGGCGACGACAACAGCAAACUAUUCGAGUUAAGCACCCAACUCCCCCUCUUAAGUGUGACCGACAAGUAGUGUUUUAGCCAUAAGUAAAUUAAUUACUCCUAAGCGUAAAUCUAGUUUAAUACCAAAGUUAAAAAAUAUAUGCGUAUAAAAAUCGUCGAGUGCAAAAAUAUCAAUGAACCGGGGUCGAAAAACGGCAAGGAGAUAACGUAGAUAACUCUUUUGAAUGAUAAACGCUUUCAACCUGCAUCUGCAUGUGAUGUUCACACCAUACUUACUGUAUAUGUACUUUUAUAACCUACCUAUAUACUGUAAACUACUUAAGCCUCGUUCUCUUGUGAAAUUAUUAUGUGUGAAUUCAUUAAAUGCGAGCGAAUUUUGAAAUUAA